GUUUUUUUUUUUUCCCCGACGCUGAGCCGCUGAUUAGUGCCGCAAAGUUGCCUUAUGUGCAAGAUAAAAUAAGGAGUGGACUCUCUUUUGAACAUUUAGCUUUAAUAUUGUUUUUGUUGUGCGUGUGUGUGUGUGUGUGUGUGCGCGCGCAUGAGAGCUGAUAAACGCUUUCCUGUCCAAGAUGUGAUUCCUAAACUUCCAGUUGCAUAUUUUCUUUUGUCUCCAGGGUAACGCAUGUUGAUUGGUUUUAGCUUUACGAUUGUAUAACACAAUGCCUGCCGCAUUUGAUCAAUAUCAACUUUUUGAUAGAACCUCUACAAGUGCGAGAUCACGUUUUUUUUACAUCAGGGUACCAGUAUUUCAAGAGUUUGUCCAUGUGAUCACCGUGAUCCAAUACGGGUUUUUCCUUAGACCACAUGACAUAGCCAAGGCACUUGGAUGACGUCACAUUUGAACCCAAAGCAUUUUGAAACGAUUAAAGACCUUCAAAGGCAAAGCAGAGAGAACAAAAUUAACUUGCUAAAAAGGAUCAAAAGAUGAUACGUUAAAAAGCAAAGUAAAGAGAGGGAAAACAAAUUAGCAUUCUAAAAAGCAGUGAAAUAAAUUUUAAUGCUUAAAAGACCAUCAUCAAAGGUCUUCUUUGGCAAUUUAUCCCACUUGCAUGCACCAAAACAGUGCGACGCUGCUUCACCAUAUUCGCUUUGCAACCCACUAACUGACCCGAGUCCCCAGAUCCUAGAACCCUACUGGGUUUAUAUUCAAUUAGCUUUUAUUUAAUGUGUUCGGGGCCCAAACCAUUCAGGGAUUUAAAGACCACUCCCAGAAUUUUUUCCAAGCAUGUUUGACCCAAGUCAAAUCUUGAUUGUUCCGGCAAUAUUAUUCAAGAUUUGUUCAUCAAUGCAACCAUUUAAAAUAAAGAGAAUGCACAUUUGCACGGUGGGUGAACCAUAGUCCCAUAUUCUACAUGUGGUUUACCUUUGUUGGGAUGUUUCAGACCGUUUAGUCCAGCCAUAGCUUCAAAGUGGAAGGUCUUCACCCAAAGCUGCUGUCUAGUCCUGGGCGGAGAAACUGUGUUAUGUAAUUCGGAAUGGCUCCCUCACAGACACAUUGAGAGAUCAGUGGGGGAAAACAAAAGAUUUACUUGGCUGUUUAAUUUCACACUUGGUGGCCAAGCCCUCCUAAGAUCCACUCUUAAAUUAUGAAUGGAGCUUAAUAGAGUCAUUGAAAGUGCAGUGGUCCAAUUGCCUGACUUCCUCGCAGGCAGCUGGGCUUUCGUUCCCCACUCCACGGCAAUGCGAAUGCAUUUUUGGAAGAUUGGUUUGGAAAUGAAUGAAGAAAACACGUCAUUGAUGUCAGUGAAUGUUUGAAAACUGAAAAGAACGUCGACUGAUUUGCGCCUCGAACCCGAAAAACCUCGGCCGUCUGGUGCCAGAUAUUCGAAUUUAAAUGCAUCGUUCCUGAAAUGGAAGAAUCCACAGAAGUUGAGGGGAUUUGUUAACAUACAAUUACAAAAAAAAAAAAAAUGAAUUGACUUCAAUCACAAGAAAUAGCUGCAGAGGGUGACUCAUUUGUUCAGACCGCAGACCAGAAAGACAGAGAUGGAGAGGAACAAACCACCCCCGAGUGGCUGCCAAACUUUUUAGGGCCGGUCUCCUCUUCACCCCUCCCAUCUCAUUCUUUCCUUUGGGCACUCGGAUAUAUUCAUACAGUUAUACACAUAGUGACUGUGCGAACGGUGCUGGUGAUCUCAAAGGGACCCUGCGAUCUCUCCAGAGUAAAUAUUCUACGAUUCCAAAGGCAGAAGCAAGCUCAAGAGAUGGCCACACCAAAAAACACUCCUCGGGGCGCAAACUCCCCGCUCUCCCCCAACCGCAUCACGCGUCUUCAGGAGAAAGAAGAUCUCAGCAACCUCAACGAUCGUCUGGCCGUUUACAUCGACAAGGUCCGUUCCCUGGAGAUCGAGAACGCCGGCCUGCGUCUGCGCAUCACCGAAUCCGAGACGGAGGUCUCGCGCGAGCUGACGGGUCUGAAGGCCGCCUACGAGACGGAGCUGGCGGAUGCCCGUAAGACUUUGGACUCGGUGGCCAAGGAGCGUGCACGCCUACAGCUGGAGGUGGGCAAGCUGCGAGAGGAAUACAAGGAGCUGAAAGCAAGGAACACGAAAAAAGAAUCGGAUCUGUCAGGAGCGCUGCAGCGGCUCAAAGACUUGGAGGCCUUGCUGAACUCCAAGGAUGCGUCUUUGACCACCGCGUUAGGAGAAAAGCGCAGCCUCGAGACAGAAAACAGGGACCUGAAGACACAGGUUGCCAAGCUUGACACCAGCCUGGCGGAUGCCAGAAAGCAGCUGCAGGAUGAGAUGCUUAGGAGGGUGGAUGGAGAGAAUCGCCUUCAGACCCUCAAGGAGGAACUGGAGUUCCAGAAGAACCUCCAUUCUGAGGAGCUGCGCGAGGUCAAGCGCCGCCACGAGUCCCGCAUGGUGGAGUUGGACACCGGCCACCAGCAAGACUUUGAAAGCAAACUGGCCGAUGCUUUGAUGGAGAUGCGAAGCCAGCAUGAACUUCAAAUUAAACUCUACAAGGAGGAGCUGGAGAAGACCUACAACUCCAAGCUGGAAGGCGCACGUCAAUCAGCCGACCGGAGCAGCCAUCUGGUGGGCGCGGCGCACGAGGAGCUCCAGCAGACGCGGGUCCGUCUGGAGUCCGUGUCGGCUCAGUUGAGCCAGCUGCAGAAGCAGCUUGCAGCCCGUGACGCAAAGGUGAAGGACCUGGAGGAGGCUCUGUCGAGAGAGCGGGACACCAUGCGUCGCCUCCUGGGAGAGAAAGACCGAGAAAUGGCUGAGAUCAGACAGCGGAUGCAACAGCAGCUGGACGAAUAUCAAGAGCUGAUGGAUGUCAAGCUGGCUCUCGAUAUGGAGAUCGGCGCCUACCGCAAGUUGCUCGAGGGCGAGGAGGAGAGGCUGCGUCUCUCUCCAAGCCCGCCCCCGACAAGGAUGGCAGCGAGUCGCUCCUCGACCGCGUCGGCUCAUUGCCGUUCCUUCAGCUGCGGUGCUCAGAACUCGGCCACCAAGAGGAGGCGUCCCAACGACACGGACAGCGAGGCUUCAAGCUUCGCCGGAGGUGCCGUGGCACGUACCCGCAUUACCCAGCAGGCCUCUGCCAGUGGCCGCGUCACCGUGGAUGAGGUGGACCAGGAUGGCAAAUAUGUCCGACUCAGCAAUAAAGCAGAUGAGGAUCAGAAUUUAGGGAACUGGCAGGUGAAGCGACAGGUCGGAUCUUCUGCACCGAUUGCAUUCAAGUUUCCCUCAAAGUUCAUCUUGAAGGCCGGCCAGAGAGUCACGAUCUGGGCGGCUGCUGCUGGGGGAAGCCACAAUCCUCCCUCUGACCUGGUCUGGAAGACACAGCCCAACUGGGGCACCGGAGACCAGUUCCAGACCACCUUGAUCAGCUCUAAUGGAGAGGAAAUGGCGAUGAGGAAAGUGACUCGCACACAUUUGGAAGAGGAUGAUGAUGACAUGCAGGUGGCUCACAGCACCUGUGGGGACAGCGAAUACAAUCUGCGUAGUCGUACAGUUCUGUGCGGCUCCUGCGGCUUCCCCUCGGACAAAUCCAACGGCUGCAGCUCCGUGUCUUCGGCUUCCCGCUCCUUCCGCACCGGCGGCAUCUCGGAGGGGUUGUUGCCCCAUUCCUAUGUGUUCAGUAGUAGCACACCACGCAAGAGUGGAACCCGAAUUGAGAGCUGUCCAAUAAUGUGAGCCCCCGGAUCUUUGAUUUUCAUUUUCCAUUCCAAUUCAUUUUCUAUAUUUGGGGUACUUUUAUAUCAUUUUCUACAUGUAGUCUGCAAAAGUAUUUACGCAAAUGUACAUAGGCAUGCUUAUGGAAACCGGUUAGCCAACCGACAAUAAAAUAUGAACAAUA